GAAACAGACGAUAAUUACUUGUAGUUUAAAUUCGUAAAAAUAAUAAAAAAUAGUUCUAGUGUUUACUUCAGGUAUUCUUGUAAAUAUUAUUUCGACAUGCAACUUGAUAAGCUGAAAAUUUUAUUGAUCGGGCCCUCAGACAGUGGAAAAACAUCUAUAGCCAAUUUUUUAUCAGAAUCUAUAAAUGUAGACGAAGCUAACAAUCCUAGACCAACCCAAGGAGUCCGCAUUGUGGAGUUUGUACUGCCAAAUCUAAAUGUAAACGAAAAGCAAUAUAAAGUUGAUAUUGAAAUGUGGGACUGCAGUGGUGACCAUAAGUUCGAAUCGUGUUGGCCUGCACUUCGCCUGCGUGUCCAAGGAGUUAUACUUGUUUGCUCAUCCAACACGGUAAAUGUUGCGGCGAGAGAAUUGGAACUUCUUUACAAUUACUUUGUAAGCCAGGCCAAAUUGUCAGCAAAGCAAUGUGUGGUAUUCUACAACUGUUCCGAUGAUCAAGAGGACACGGACUCUUUGAAUCUGUCUCCUACUUUUUCCAAAGUAUCUCAAGUUGCUGUAAAUUUGAAAUCGGGGGGAAACAGGUUAAAAAUAGAUUUCUCUAAUUACAUUACCUCAAUUUUACAGACAUUAUAAAUAAAGUUAGUAACAAUUUAUAUGUCCAGUUUUAUUUCAGACACCAGCUUUUCUGGCAUACUUACCUCUUACUUGAACAUUCCUUGUUUCUGAAAAACAUCCAUUAACUUUUCUCGUAGUUUUUUUAC